AACAUAAGCAAAUAAGAAAACAAAAAAGAGAGAAAAAACUGUGGAAGAGAAAAAAAUGAGUAGUUCCGGUACGCAGCUUCACAAUGUCUUCGUCUAUGGUAGCUUUCAGGAGCCUAGCGUCAACAGUGUCAUGCUUGAUCGUACUCCUGAGAUCAUCUCUGUAACACUCCCUGGAUUUAAGAGGCUUAGGCUUAAAGGACGUUUGUAUCCAUGUAUUGUGCCGUCUGAGGCAGGAGAAGUCCAUGGAAAGGUACUAAUGGGAUUAACGGAUGAAGAACUUAAUAAUUUAGAUGUUGUUGAGGGUAAUGAAUAUGAAAGAGUGACAGUUGGUGUUGUAAGAGAGGACAAUUCGGAGAAGAUGUCUGUGAAAACAUAUAUAUGGAUCAAUAAGGAAGAUCCUGAUCUCGAUGGAGAAUGGGAUUUCGAGGAAUGGAAACGACUACACAUGAAGGAAUUCAUAGAAACGUUCAAAGAGAUCAUGGAAUGGAAGAAAAAUCCUCAGGGAAAGGGAAUAGAUGUAUUUAGCCAUUCCCUACGCGAAUAACUGGAAAAUGCUCCAUCGUCUUCAAAUGGAAUUAUGUUGAAUAUGUUUUUGAAAUUAAGAUUUUUUUUUUCUUUUUUUUUGCAAUUAUGAAUUUACUAAUGCUUAUAGGUAUUGUGGAGAUCAGCCAAAAGAAUGGUCUCGUCAUGUGUUAAAUCUAUUAUGUGCUGUUUGUGUUCUGUCUUUUUGGAGAUUUUGUCAUCCUAUCAAGUGUAUGGUUUGGUUGAUGUUUUUUCCGUAAAAUGUUAUGUUUUUUAUUAUCAUGUUUAGGUUUCUGUCAGAAAUUAUAGAAACACUUGAAGCGGAC